AUGUUUGUGAGGUUUGUGCGGUUUUACAGCCGAAGUAUCUGGCCUCCAUUGCGAGCUGAUUCGGGCCUGCUGAAGUAUUUCAAUGUGACAUACGCAAGGUCAUCAGGGCCAGGUGGCCAGCAUGUGAAUAGGACGGAGUCGAAGGCUGUUCUUCGUCUUUCUGCUAAGGGGUGGCAGAGUGCUCGAGGGACCUGGGUCGAUCCAGCCCUUUUUGACCAACUGAUGGCUAAUUACAACGACAAAAACUGCCCAGAAUCCAAACGAUUUCCCUACUUUACAAAUGCGGGCGAUGUGCUCAUUAUGAGCGACUCCACCAGAUACAGACAGAAGAACGUGAUGGAGUGCCUGGAGAAAUUUGUGAGCGCGGUGCAGAGGUGUGGAGAACCAAGGAAGGAGACCGACGAGGCGACGCUGGAGCGGUGGGAGGAUUUGCGUAAAAAGGAGAAGGAGGCGCGAGUACAAGCGAAGCGCAAACUGAAGGACAAGAAGAACGCGCGUCGCAAAAUCAAGAUCGAAUUGUAA